AUGAUGUAUUCGUCGAGGAGAAAGCCAGUCCUCUAUUUCAAAGAGGAGAGAAGGUUCCUGUCAGGGAAGUGCACGGUCUAUAAGCUGUUUGGCCUCUGCAUGCUCCUAGUGCUGGUCUCCCUCCUCUGGCUCCAGCUCAGCUGCUCGGGGGAAAUGUCUGGCGCCACAUUUCAAGAUGGCCGCCUCUCCCAGCAGCAUCCCCAGCAGCAGCCUUGCCCAGCCGACAGCCAUACGUCUUCCACGGACGACCCUUCCUGGGGCCCUCACAAGAUGGCCCUCAUCGUGCCCUUCAGGGAGCGCUUUGAGGAGCUGCUAGUGUUUGUUCCCUUCAUGCACACUUACCUCAACAAGAAGAAGAUCCGCCACAAAAUCUUCAUCAUCAACCAGAUGGACCAUUACAGGUUCAACCGAGCCUCUCUGAUAAACGUGGGUUACCUGGAGAGCGGCAAUGACACCGACUACCUGGCCAUGCAUGACGUGGACCUGCUGCCCCUCAAUGAAGCUCUGGACUACGGUUUUCCCGAUGAAGGGCCCUUCCACGUGGCCUCGCCGGAGCUACAUCCCCUCUACCACUACAAGACCUAUGUUGGGGGCAUCCUGCUCCUCACCAAAAAGCACUACCACAUGUGUAAUGGCAUGUCGAACCGAUUCUGGGGCUGGGGCCGCGAGGAUGACGAGUUCUACAGGAGGCUGAGGAAGGCUGAGUUGCAGCUUUUCCGUCCCAGUGGGAUAACGACGGGCUACAAGACGUUCCGCCACAUCCACGACCCCGCCUGGAGGAAGAGGGACCAGAAGAGAGUCGCCACACAGAAACAGGAGCAGUUUAAAGUGGAUCCGGAGGGAGGGCUGACCAAUCUGCUGUACCAGGUGGAGUCCAGGCAGGAGCUGACCAUCAGCGGGGCGCCAUGCACCAUCAUCAACACCAAGCUGGAUUGUGACCAGGUCCAGACGCCGUGGUGUCUCCUAGUGUAGGGGGGGAUGGACAGACGGAUGUGGACCCCCGACACCCCCCCUCCCCUGCCCCCACGGCUGACCAUGACAACACGAGGGGUUUGACCCCUGUGAUGACUAAGCUCCCUUUCUUCUUCUUAUCAUUAUUGUUAUUAUUCCUUUUUUUAAACUGGUAGUGCCAAACAAAAGGGAAACACUGGUCACAGUUGUAGUUGUUGCUAGAAGUCAGUUUAAAUCAGCCCUCUUAAACCAAAACUUAGGAAAAAAAAUUCAACUUUGAACUUCUAACA